AUGAGUGAGAAGUUUGGUCCUGAACCGGAUGUGUCUGAUGAAUCAGGAAGCGAUAAUGGUGAUGAAGGUGGUAAUGGUGGUGAUGGCGGUGAUGCUGGUGCCGUUGGUGCAUCAAGUGUAGGAACUACGGGUGGCACAUCAGCUGGUGGUACUUCUGUUGGUGGUACCUCAGCAGGGGGAGUGUCAGCUGGCAACACAUCAGCCGGUGGUGAUGAUGAGGCUGAUUCUGACUCUGAUGAUGAUCUUUUACUUGAACCUGGAUACGAGAUGUAUCUGGAUGAAUGCGGGGUAAGAAGAUACAGGAAGAUCAGACAGGAAGAUGAUCCGGAAUAUGUUCCUUCUGAUCCUGAAACAGAACGUGCAAGAAAAGGAAAAGCCGAAAAAUUAGCAGAGCGUCAAAAGAAAAAGAAAGCUCGGAGAUACUUGAGUACCUCCUCCCGAGGUUCUGUGCCACAAGCUCCUAUUCCAGAACCACCUGUGGUAUCGUCACCAUCUGCAGCUCAACCUGUGUCUCCUCAGGCGACUCCACAGCGAUCAAUGGCAGCUUCAAUUCGAGCAACCACAGCUCAGCCUAGUGGUGAACGCCAAAGGAUUUUCACGGAUAUGACACAGGAAGAAAAGAAUAAUUUCUUGUUUAUGCAAUUUGAGGCUGCAGCAGACCGCAUUCAAAGACAGACUGAUUUUAUUCGCAUCACGAAGAAUGAUCAAAUCCAUCAUCAAGUGGAGAUUGAUAGGUUGAAAUCUACUGUUGGUGAACAACAAGCUACAAUUCAACGCCAACAAGCAGAGAUCGACUUUCUUAAGGCUGAAAACGUUCGGUUAAGAGCAGCGGACGAAGAGAGACAAAGAAGUAGCUCUGUACUUCAAAAGCUGGCUGAGGACCUGAGAAAUAGAUGCGAUGUGAUGAAAGAGUGGUAUGACUCGCGAAAUACCACAAUACUUGAAGGGGCAUCCCUUGUGGUAUGA